GUAGACUCGACUUACAACGACAGUUGGGACCAGAAUUUCCAUUUCUAAGCAAGGUGGUUCUUAAGUGGGCCACACAUUGCUUUCCAUCCUACUGCUGAAUUUAGUAACACAGUCUGGUCAAACUGCAGUGUAAAGCAGAUCAGAUAGCACACAUACAUAACCCCCUCUCAGUCUCUUUGGAAGCUGCUGUCAGCUCCCCGUGACUUGGACCGGACAAUGGCUUCUUCCGAGCUCUGGGCAAUCGACUAUGAGAUUUAUGGGGAAGUCCAAGGUGUCUUCUUUAGAAAGUACACCGAAGAGCAAGGGAGGAAACUAGGACUGGUUGGCUGGGUGAAGAAUACAGCCAGUGGGACUGUGACUGGACAGGUGCAGGGCCCAAAGGAGAAAGUGGAGAUUAUGAAGAACUGGCUACGCAGCGUCGGAAGCCCCAUGUCUCGCAUUGAUCAGGCCGUGUUCUCAAAUGAGAGGCAGAUCACCGUUCUGGAGUUCCAGUCCUUCACCACCAAAUAUUAAAGGCAGUUGGCUGGUCCAGAUGGGAUAUGGCUAUGUCUAAGUACUACGCGGGCUUCUCUACUCUAAAGGAAGUAUCACCUUCGCUCUCAACAAGAAGGUUGCUACUGACAUUAGUGUGUGCUUUAGACCUAUGGCACUUCCAGGACUCUUGACUCUUCCAUGCUGCUAGUGAACUGGAAAGCACCUAAACAUCUGCUGAAACAACACAUCUGCUGUUCUUUUCCCCCCUUUUCUUAUAAUUUGUGAAAAGGUAGUAAGGGAAAAAACUAAAGGUGGAAGGAAAUAUGUUCUCCUAAAUCUUUUCUUUCCCAAUAUGUUCAUGAACAUCCUGGGCAGUUGUCUUUUAAGCAAACAUAUAACGAAAAGUUUCCUACUUGCUCCC